GCCGUCUUCCCGCUCUUCACGACCUACAUGUACCAUAACCUGGGGGUUCACUGGGCCUCCAGCAUUCCCGCAUUCCUGGCGCUCGCGUGCGUGCCAUUUCCAUUUUUAUUUUAUAAAUAUGGCCCGGCGAUCCGAACUCGGUGCAAAUAUUCAGCGCAGUCGGAUGCCUUUAUGAGGAGGCUGAUGGAGCAAAGCACGCGAGACAAUCGUCAGCCGGAGCCGGAGAAAGAAGAAGUUGCGGAGAAAGAGACAGAAGUGUCGCCGGUUCAAGCCUCUUCAUCUACGCUCGGGGAGAAGUCGCGACUCGGUGAUCUCCCUGCCGUGGCAGCCGAAGACACUGCUCGGACCCGCUCGAUAGCGUCGCAAGGGUCGCGGCGACCGGGCUCUGUGAAAGCAGAGUCUGUGUACGAAGGGAAUCCGUAUGACGUUGACCGAGUGAAUACUCGUGAGUCUUUCAAAGACUGAAUAGUCGCUUCUGUAUAUGUAUUGUGAGUGUCGAACCUCAGACCCUCUUGGCAUCGGGAUUUAAAUUAGUGUGCGGUUAGUUGCAUAGCUAGCGUUCUCGUAUAUAGAAUGGUAGAUCAGCACUAAGACUUACGCUGCAGAAUAACGAGGUAAAUGCAGAGAAUAGAAUAGCUCUUCCUUUCAA